AUUCGUAAGCUCGUCGACUAAGAUAAAUUUCCUCAAAACGAUGUCCAGUCAUAAAAAUUAAUUAAUCAAAAAUAAAAUGGACUUGGAGUCCGAUAUCCGUCUUUUCUCGCGACCAUUAGCGUAUACGAAUUAUUUUAAUAACUCUGGAAAUAAUGAUACAAAAUAUCUAGGAUGGAACAUUCCAGCCGAAUCCCUGCACAUGAUACAUCCUUAUUGGCGUGGUUUUCGAGCUCCACCAACAUAUCAUCAUGCACUGUUUUUCAUCGUAUAUUUGGCCCUAUUUACAUUUUCAAUUUUUGGCAAUGGAAUGGUGAUAUGGAUAUUUUCAACAUCGAAAUCCCUGCGGACACCAUCGAAUUAUUUCAUCAUAAAUUUAGCUAUUUUCGAUUUGUGCAUGGCUGAGAACUCGUUAGUGUUUUUGGGAAAUUCAAUUGGUGGUCGAAUUCUUGGCGACGAUUUGGCUUGCAAUAUUUAUGCAUUUUUGGGAGGAAUUUCAGGAGUUGGUGCUGCUGUCUCGAAUGCUAUGAUUGCUUACGAUAGAUACAAAACAAUCUCAAGUCCAAUUGAUGGUCGCUUAAAUUCUUUUCAAGUCUCGGUACUGAUUGUUGUAACUUGGUUUUGGGCAAUACCUUUUAAUUUGAUGCCAGUUCUUGGAGUUUGGGGACGUUUUAUACCAGAGGGCUACUUGACAACGUGUUCCUUUGAUUAUCUUACCGAAGAUGAUGACACAAAGAACUUUGCUGUAGCGUUUUUCGUAUGGGCUUACCUUAUCCCGAUGGUAAUCAUAUGUACUUAUUAUUUCAAACUCUUUUUGCAUGUACGAGCUCACGAGAAAAUGCUUGCCGAACAAGCUAAGAAGAUGAACGUCAAGUCCCUGUCUGCAAAUGCAAAUGCGAAUAGCGUCGAAAUAAGGAUUGCCAAGGCAGCUUUUACCAUUUACUUUUUGUUUGUUUGUGCCUGGACACCGUAUUCAUUGGUUUGUCUGAUUGGAGCUUUUGGUAACAGAAACCUCAUAACUCCAUUCACAUCAAUGCUUCCUGCGAUGGCCUCAAAAACUGUAUCUUGUAUUGAUCCAUGGGUUUAUGCGGCAAGUCAUCCAAAAUAUCGACUUCAAUUAGAAAAACGAGUUCCAUGGCUUGGAAUAACAGAAAAGAAUCUGCCAACAGAAACAGAAAAUAAAUCCACUACGAGUGAUGUUGAACAAAGUUGAAAAAAAAUAAAACAAAAACAUGUUGUGAAAAAAAUACUUUAAAAAAAUAAUAUAAGUAAAGCAAUGAAUUUAAAAAAUUCACAAAAAAAUAAAAAAAAAAAUGUUUGUAGUUUGUAGAAAAAUUAAA